AUGAGUUUCUUCAAGAAGCACUCGAAAUCACACAAUCCUCCGCUGAAUGGAGCAACUUCUGCUCCUCCUCCUCCGCCGCCGCCUCCACCACCUCCAAGUGGAGCAGCAGCUCCACCACCACCACCACCACCGCCUCCACCUGCAAUGGGUGGUGCGCUAUCAGGAUCAUCAUCGAAAAAGGCUUCAUCGAAGCCAUCAGGAGGCGGAGGUGCUCUUCCUUUCUUAGAGCAGAUCAAUGCUAGAAGAAGAGAAGAUUUCGUGGUUGAGAAAGUCGAUAAAAACUUUAGUGCUGCCGGAUCCACAGGUUCGCAGGCUGGAUCUUCAUCUCUGUCAGCUCCUAAAGUACCAAUGUCAGCUCCUAAAGUUCCCAGUGCCCCACCAUUGCAUAAGUUCGCUCCCAAAUCACCUGGAAACUUUGCUCCCCCAGUACCAAUGCCAGGAAUGAUGAUGCCAGCAGCUCCGAAACUUCCAAACGCUGCUCCUCCUCCGAUGCAUUCAGCCCCACCUCUUCCUACAAUGGGAGCUCCUCCAGCACCACCAUUACCUACACUGAAUGCUCCUCCACCAGCACCACCUCUUCCUACACUGAGUGCUCCUCCAGCACCACCAUUACCUACAAUAGGAGCUCCUCCACCAGCACCACCAUUGCCUACACUGGGAGCUCCUCCACCAGCACCACCGCUACCUGUGAUGGGUGGACCCCCACCACCAGCACCACCGCUACCUAUGAUGGGUGGACCCCCACCACCAGCACCACCAUUGCCAGCUUCAGGGGGUCCUGCAAAUUCUCUGGCACCACCACCACCGCCACCUCCGGCAGGAUUAUUUGGUGCCCCAAUGAAAUCUGCUAACUCAAACAAACCUUCAAAUGCUCCUUCACCAGCUUCAGGAGGAGCUCUACCAUUCCUUGAACAGAUCAAUGCUAGAAGAAGAAACGAUUUUGUGGUUGGUGGAUUCGAAAAUAACUCUAGUGCAGCUAGACCGGAACCCGUCAAAGCUGAACCACGGAAAACUAAUGCGUCACGCCCCCAACCGGCUUCACCAGCUGCCGGAGGAGGUCUUCCAUUCCUUGAACAGAUCAAUGCCAGAAGAAGAAAUGAUUUUGUGGUUGAUAAGGUCGACAAUACCUUUAGUGCUGCUGACACCGUCGGAUCAGAAACCAUCAAGGCCGAACCCAUCAAAGCUGAACCACCGAAACAGAGUGCACCAUCUCCCAAACCACCUCUUGAUGCUCAAUUUCCAUUUUUGGCAGAUAUUGCUAACCGAAGAAACAAUCUCGGGAAAUCUAAGAAACCAAUCUCAGCGUCGCCCGCUUUAUCAGGUGCUCCAGCAAUUCCAGUUGCACAUUCUCCUCAAUUACCAAAAGUUAAUGCAGCAUCCCCUCCAGCACCUAAUCUUCCAGGAGGAUUUGGGUCUAUUCCAAAGACUAGACCAACAAAGACAACAGGACCACAUUCACCUGCAGUAGCCCCGCCACCGAUUCCAUCAUUCAGCGCCCCUCCAUUACCAAACACAUCAAGCCCAUCAAUUCCACAAGCAAAGGCCCCACAAUUACCUAAAAACACUAGUUCUCACAAUGCACCUUCUUUACCAACGGUUUCUAGUCCUCCAAUCCCAUCCUUCAGUGCUCCUCCAUUACCUAAUGUUUCAUCUCCACCAAUUCCAGUGAAUAAGGCUCCAGAGCUACCUAAAAUGGCUAGCCCAUCUAUUCCAGCGUUUAGCGCUCCCCCACUUCCUAAGGCUGCCAGCCCAUCAAUUCCAGCGGCCCCAAGUUUUUCGAUCCCAACUAAUUCAUUACCAGUCCCACAAUUGAGAAAUAACAAUAGCAGUGGUAGCGAUAUUUCUCCAUCUUCUUCAUUUUCUAACCUUUCCGAUAGUGGUUAUGAAACACCAGAGAAACAUGCACCACCACCACCGCCGGUGGCUCAAGCACCAUCGACCACCGUUCCAGCUGCCAAUAAAAAGUUUGGACGUAUCUCGGCAUUUGGACGUUCAAAUGAACAUUCAUCACUUUUCGCUUCGGAUUCUAGUACCGAUGGAAAUGGAUCAGGCAAGUUUAUGGAUUCAUCGAUUUAUACUAUUGGACAAACGAAUGGGAAUUUCAACCAAACCGAAAAAAUCACUAUCAAUGAUUCUAGAUUCAAGUUUGCGAAUUCCAGAGAUAUUCCUAAACCUCGGAAAUUCAGUAAUAAGGAGAAGUUAUAUCCUAGCGGGAGGGGUACUUCUGUGCCUUUAAAUUUGAGUUGGUAUACGUAA